AUGCAAAUGUUCAAUUUUAUAAGAUAUUGCCAAUUUUUUCCCCUAGAGUCUGUUCCGGUUUACACUCCUACUACCAGUCAACGAGAGUUCCUGUUAUCCAUCUUCAACACUAGUAUUAAAUUCGCCGGUCCUUACUCUGUUAGAGGCCCUACAAUGGCUACGGAAGUGAGGACCCAAUUGGCGGAGCACCCACUGACGAGGCCAAGGACUGAGCCAAAACCCGAGAAGUCAGGGUGCUGGCCAAGGAGCCACGCGGACGGCGGGCCACAGAAAGAACUGAGGAUCCCAGGGAUUGUGGAUUUCAGGCUGAUCCGAGAGGAACUGAGGACCUCCAAGCCCCAAACGCCCGGUGCCCACCGCUUCGGCCACCUCAGCCAUCACUCCUUCUUCUCCCGGCACCACCCCCAUCCCCAGCACGUGACCCACAUCCAAGAUCUCACCGGGAAGCCUGUCUGUGUUGUCAGGGACGAGUUCUCUCUGGCCGCCUCACGUCAAGCCACACUCUUACCCCGCUCUCUGAUCGGGAUGCCCACCAUCUCGGUCCCCAUUGGAGACCCGCAGUCCAAUCGGGAUCCCUGGCUUGCUUCUGAGGCCUGGAAGAAGGAGUUGAAAGACCUGGCUUCCCGGGUGGCCAUCUUCACCGAGGAGAACGCGCUGAAGAGCAAGGAGAAGGAGGAGCCUCAGCGGGAGAAUGGGGCAAAGUACUCAGCAGAGACUGGUAGGCUCAUCCCUGCUUCCUCCCGGGCCACGGCCCGCCGCCACUCCCGCCAGGGCGUACGAAACCACUCUCCGAGCACAGGUGGAGGAGACCAGACCUUCAUCCUACAGGAUCAGGAGUUGCUGAUCCUGGAGCUGCUUUCUCAAAUCCUGCAAACAGACUCCUUGAAUACUAUCCGGUUCUGGCUACUCUACGCGCCCCCCAAGGAGAAAGACAGGGCACUAGGCCUCCUGCAGACAGCAGUGGCUCAGCUCCUUCCCCAGGCCCUAGUCUCCAUCCCAUCAGAGAAACUCCUGAACCAGCUCCAGGAAAUUCAAGAACCACUUCAAGAGAGGCAACAGCUACCCUACAGCCAAUCCCUGAAGAAGACAAAGACGCCACCUCUAUCAAAAAGCGAAAAACCAGACUGUAAAGGGUCCUGUGUGCCGGGCAGCGUGUCUGACACAGAAGAACCCUGGGAAAGCACAACUUCUUCGCGUGCACUCCAGCCAGAACCCAGAAGAGAAGGCGGCAAAGCCAAAGGUAGAGUGUUGAGGAGUUCGCACCACUUUGCCCACCUUGCUCAAGAAGAGCCCCUGAGUUCAAAGAUUCGGCCUGCACCUCCUCAACAGCAGUACCGGUUUUCCUAUCACAUGGAGCCUAUUAAAAUACUGUCUUCCCCUUAA